AUGGAUGAGGGAUCUGUCAACUACGGCAGCCCUGCCAAUGGCGCAUCACCAAACAGCAACCCUAUCCUAGCCCAACCUCCCCUGCAAUCAGACGUACCUGCUGCCGGCACUGAAAAUGAAGAUGUCCAAAUGGGUGAGGGCAGCGCAACAGAGCCUGUGAUCAAGCAAGAUAGCACCACGCCUGCCCCGGUUGCUGCAUCUGACAACCCCCUCGAUGCGCCCGACGGCCCUGCUCCUGAGACGACUACAGCCACGCGAGAGGAUGAAGAGAUGGGAGAGGCCAAGGGCGAGGCCAAAGAAGGCCAAGCUCAAGAGGGGGCUGACGGUGCCGCCGAGGGCGAGGGUUCCGAAGCGAAGACCAAGGAAAGCGCCGAGAACGCUGCUCGCGAGCAUCUCAUCUCUCAGACGCACGCGAUUGUGCUGCCCAGCUACAGCACUUGGUUCGACAUGAAUGCGAUCCACAGCAUUGAGCGCAAGGCGCUCCCGGAAUUCUUCAACAAUCGCAACCGGAGCAAGACGCCCGCCGUCUACAAGGACUACAGAGACUUUAUGAUCAACACGUACCGACUGAAUCCCGUAGAGUAUCUGACCGUCACUGCCUGCAGGCGUAAUCUGGCCGGCGAUGUCUGCGCAAUCAUGCGAGUGCAUGCUUUCCUCGAGCAAUGGGGACUGAUCAACUACCAAGUCGAUGCGGAGCAACGCCCCUCACACGUUGGCCCUCCAUUCACUGGCCAUUUCAGGGUCAUUUGCGAUACGCCCAGAGGCUUGCAGCCAUGGCAGCCAGCGUCUGAUCCAACUGUCCUUGAAGGCAAGAAGAAUUAUGACACUGACGUCAAAGCCAAUGCUACCCCAGCUGACAAGAGUGAUCUGAACCUCGAGGUUGGCCGCAACAUCUACGAAGCCAACGCCAAGGGAACGAAACUCAACAAGACUGAGGCGAAGACUAACGGAGAGGUUGUCGCUGCCAAUGGAGUGAAAGAGAGCGCCUCCACAGCCGCCGAGGGCUUGACAAAGACCCCGAUUGCCAAGAUCAGCUGCUACAAUUGCGGCAUUGACUGCACGCUGAUCUACUACCACAGCAUCCAACCCGACACGACUACCAAGUCCAAGCAUGAUGUGUGCCCAACAUGCUAUCUUGAGGGCCGCCUUCCUGCCAACCACAGCACCAAUUCCUACACGCGCAUGGAGAAUCCUACCUAUUCAGCCAUCAUUGACCGAGACGCGCCCUGGAGCGAUGCCGAGAUUCUACGGCUCCUCGAGGGACUUGAGCGAUUCGACGAUGACUGGGGCGAGAUCGCAGACCAUGUGGGCACCCGCACCCGGGAAGAAUGUGUUUUGCAGUUCUUGCAACUGGAUAUCGAGGACAAGUAUCUCGAGUCGGAGCAGCCAGUGCGCGCGCCCACGGGUCUGCAAAUGCUCGGAAGCGACGGUGGCAUGCUUCCGUUCCAUGCGGCCGACAACCCGGUCAUGUCUGUGAUCGGAUUCCUCGCCAGCCUUGCCGACCCCGCCAGCACGGCAGCUGCAGCCAGCAAGUCGGUGGAGGAGCUGAAGAAGGGGCUGAGAAACAGACUGGAGAACGCGGGCCAUGCUGAGGAGGCACGGGCCGAAGACAAAGGCAAAGAAAAGGACAGCGACUCUAUGGAGCUUGACAUUCGCCAAGAGACCACGACGACGACUACGACCACGAUGACGACGACCCAGACCACAAAGACAAGCCUGGCAUCCAUCCCGUUGGCAUCCAUCGCAGCACGUUCCGGUGGCCUUGCCUCCCACGAGGAGCGCGAGAUGACGAGACUGGUUUCGGCGGCUGUCAACGUCACCCUGCAGAAGAUGGAGCUGAAGCUCAAGUACUUCAACGAGAUGGAGUCGAUCCUCCAGGCGGAGCGCCGCGAGCUGGAGAGGGCGCGGCAGCAGCUGUUCCUGGACAGGCUCGCCUUCAAGCGCCGCGUGCGCGAGGUGGAGGACGGGCUCAAGGCCGCGGCGGCCGCGGGUGGCGAGCAGGGAGUCAAGAUGGUGCAAGACAUCAACAUGGACGGCGACCGUGUGGGCUUCCAGGCUGUGCCGGCCACGGGCUCCGUGCAGCCCCUGAGCGCCGAGGCCCAGGUCAAGAGCUACGAGGCUUAG